AAGACACGAAUAGGAGGAGGAGGAUACAAAAUUCGAGAUCCAAUCUUUCUCCGACUACUUUCACGGCGGAGAUGCAGUUGUCUCCGGAACGAUGCCGUCCGAUGUCUGAAAACAGAGAGGCUUGGUCAGCGAAUUCCGAGGAAAUGGAGCUGCUUCACGGCUCCAACAGAUUAUCUUCACCGGAACAUGUUCGUAGAAGAGUCUCCGGGAAUUCUUCUGAGGACGGUUCGCCUCGAAUUUGCCGGCAGCAGUCGUUCGGUCGCGACAUAGGCCAUGCAGCUGCCGAGACGUAUCUCAUUACUCGACUUAGCUUCAACCUUCUUGGAUAUCUCGGGGUAGGUUACCGGUGGAUCACAAGAUUACUUGCUCUUGCUUGUUAUGCAAUGCUCCUUAUGCCUGGUUUCCUUCAAGUUGCAUAUCUUUAUUUUUUCUCAUCUCAAGUCAGGAGGAGUAUAGUUUAUGGAGGUCAUCCAAGGAAUAGGCUGGAUUUGUACAUACCGCCAACGAGUGAUGGCCUGAAGCCGGUUGUAGUUUUCGUUACUGGUGGAGCUUGGAUUAUCGGUUACAAAGCUUGGGGUUCUCUCUUGGGACUACAGCUAGCAGAAAGGGACAUAAUUGUGGCAUGUCUAGAUUACAGAAACUUUCCUCAGGGGACAAUUAGUGAUAUGGUAAGUGAUGCAGCUCAAGGAAUCUCAUUUGUCUGCAAUAACAUCUCUGCAUUUGGAGGUGAUCCUAACAGAAUCUAUCUGAUGGGGCAAUCGGCUGGUGCACAUAUCUCUUCUUGUGCUCUCUUUGAACAAGCUAUUAAAGAAUCAAGAGGGGAGAGCAUCUCAUGGAGUGUAUCUCAGAUUAAAGCUUACUUUGGUUUAUCUGGAGGGUACAAUCUCUUUAAUCUGGUUGAACACUUCCACAACCGAGGCUUGUAUCGUUCAAUUUUCCUAAGCAUAAUGGAAGGAGAAGAGUCCUUUAAACAAUUCUCCCCUGAAGUAAGAUUGAAAGACCUGAAUGUAAGAAAAGCUGCAGCCCUCUUACCUCAUAUUAUACUCUUUCAUGGAUCCGCAGAUUAUUCAAUUCCACCUGAAGCAAGCAAAACUUUUACAGAUGCUCUUCAAGCUGCUGAAGUGAAAGCUGAGCUAGUUAUGUACAAGGGUAAAACUCAUACCGACCUAUUUCUUCAGGAUCCUCUGAGAGGCGGUAAAGAUGAGCUAUUUGAUCAUAUAGUCUCUAUGAUACACGCCGAUGACAGUGACGCAUUGAGAAACGAUGCUGUUGCGCCACCGAGGAAACGGCUUGUUCCAGAGUUCUUGCUGAAACUGGCUGGCAGGGUCAGCCCUUUUUGAACAGGAAAACUAAAGCUUCGAUACGGUUCUUGUAGCUUCUUGAUUGUCAAUUUAUUUGUUAUUGUUGUUUGUUGUUUGUUGUUUGCUGUUCUGUGUUUUCAUCUUCUUCAUCAAUUUGUAUAUAUUUCGAUUUGUAGCAACUCUCACAUGUUGAUAUGCAUAGAGCUUAAGCAAGCCACAUGAGUUGCCCCACAAAAUGAAUGAAUUUCAUCGAUCACUGAUCCAAAAGCGUAAAACUGAAGAUAUAUUGGUAGUUGCAGUGACAUAAUAAUAGAGAAACUCCAAAAAACUAGUGGUUCCAACAAAGUCAUAAACACAAAACCAUGAUCUACAUUGUGCACAAAGCGAGUAAUAGAUACAGAUGCUUUCUAGGAAGCUUUUGUCAUUCAAUUUUUUCUAACAAGAUUACUACCAUACCUGAAGAAAUCACACUAAGCCGGUAGCAACUUAACAAUGAGAUCAAAGUAUUCCCAGGUAUAAGUUAGAACAUAUCAUGAAGCUAGCAAAAUGGGAUCAAAUCAACUUAGUACUUAGUCGCCCUUUUCCUUUUGCUCUGCAAUAUGCUUGUGAACUCUCAUACUCUUACUUCUCAUGGGCUCAAUCAUCUUCUCUGUUUCUUCAAUUGUCUGUUUUGGCAGUUGAACCUCUAUGGCAUCAAACCAUUCUCUUAGUUUCAUUUUUUCUAAAUAUACUUCUACCCUCUCUACUUUCUUAUUGUUCCAUCCCUGCCCAACCUUUUCCUCAUCUAAUGUCGCAAAUCCAGCCUCCUCGACCUUGCAGUCACUUUCCUCGUCGUGACACUCUUCUUCAAUUUCUUGUAAGUUUUCUGUCUCUCCAUCUUCUCUAACAGUACAGUUCAGGUCAUCUUCUCCUACGGUGCUUUUCUUCCUUAACUCAAUCUCCACCUGCUCUACCCUCUUAGCCCCACCACCAACCCUCUCAUAUUCUUUAUCACUUCUUUCACUGCAACCUUCUUGAGCUUCUUUUUCAUUUUCAUUUUCUCUUUCUCUUUCAAUAUCUUGUGAGUUCUCUGUUUCUCCAUCUUCUUUAUCAGUGCAUUUCAGGCCUUCUACUGUGCUUUUCUUCCUUAACUCAAUCUCCACCUGCUCUACCCUCUUAGAUCCAUCGCAUUCCUUCUCAUCUUCUUGAUCACAUAUGUCAUCACUUCUUCCACUGCAACCUUCCUGAGCUUCAUUUUCCUUAUCUUCUUCAACAUGACAGUUCUUCAAAACCUCUUCUCCGGCAUCAUCAUUUCUAGUCUCCUUGGAUGGCUCCUCAUCCAUUUUCUUCCUCUUUGCACGGCUUUUCCGGGCUUGGUUCAGGACCAUCUCCAACUCCAGAAAAGACUCUCCACCAAUUUCAGUCGUCUUGCUUCUGGUAGACCUUGUAGUUCUCUUCUCAUCUUUAACCUCCAAUCCAAAACAUUCAUUUUCUAUCUGCUUGCUCCUUGUCACUCUCUUCCUGCUUUUCACCUCUGAGAUUUCCACUGCCUUGGGAGUAUCCUCAACUUCCAAUUUGAUUGAUUUCUGGACAAUCUCACUGUUCUUACCUCUCCGAGCCCUAGAGUUGCCUUUUUUCUCCUCCACAACUUCUUCUUCCUCCGUAAUUGCACUACUUGCGUUCUUCCGGGGCCUCCCAACCCUUUUUUUCUCCUCCACAACUUCUUCUUCCUUCGCAAUUGCACUGCCUGCGUUCUUCCGAGGCCUCCCAACCCUAGCUUUGACCACCUUCUCAAUUUCCACAUCCAAUUCCUCUUCUUUAUCGGCGAUAUCGUCCAGAUUCUUUUUCCUCGAAGCCCUAGUACUCUUGGGCAGUUCAUUUUCCUCUUGCUUCGACGAUCCACGCGUGCGCUUUGGUUUCUCCUGAACCGACUCAAUAGGAUCCGGAUCCGGAUCCGAAGCAGCAAGCCGCUUGUUGUUCCUCCUUGGCCUGGGCGGAAGCUUAUGCUCCUGCGGCGCCUGAACAACAUCACUCCCAAAGUUCACCAAAAUGGAAGUGUACUCACCAAGCUUAAUUUCGUCUCCAUGGCUAAGAUUGACGGGCGUAUCUGAGUCGAUAGUGUCAGAGUUCAAUAUGGUGCCGUUGGAAGAACCAAGAUCGUGGAUUAUCCAGUUCUCGGAAUCGGAAACGAUCCGGAGGUGCUUGGUGGAGAUUCCGGCGUCUUUGAUGGCGAUUUCAUUACCACGGACGAUUCGACCAAUUCGGAUAGUGGAUCCGGGUUUAAACCCUAGAGAAUCGCCAGCUCUUGGACCCUGGGUGAAGUCGAGCUUCAGCAAUGGCGGAACCAUCGUGCGUCUCGGGGAAGCUUUGCUUUGAUUCAAAAUAAUGGAAUUUUGAAAUUUCGGAUUUAUGUCAAACUCAAAAUCGAACGGAACAGUCCUGAAACAAAGAAACCCUUUCAAGCCCAAUGGGCUUUUGCAUUGUACAAACUAUGAAUAUACAGUCCAG